AUGCACCAAAUAACUCAAACUCGUCGUCGAAGUUCUAGGAAACCGGCAGGAACUUUUGAGUAUUGGCUCCAUUUCUCAAACCCUGCCACUAGAACAACAAGAUCUGAAAAAUUUGAGGACACGUUUGGCCACCACAAUUGUAGGUUCACAUUUGGUUAUGAUGCUUCAACGAAAACUUAUAAGGUUGUAGCGUUUCGUGCUGAAAAAAAUAAUGGAUCUAGCGAUGUUAAAGUUUUCAAUCUAGGUGAUAAUUGUUGGAGAAAUAUUCAAAAUUUUCCUGUGGCUCCUAAUAAUUCGUUGGAUCAUUAUUAUACGUUAGAUAGCCUUAAUAAUGGUGUGCAUUUUUAUGGCACCAUUAACUGGUUAGCUCUGGAUAAGUCUAUUACUCAUAUUAAGAAAUUUGUGAUUCUUUCACUGGACCUUUCGACGGAGACAUACAAACAGUUUCUGCUGCCUCUCGGUUUUGAUGAGGUGCCAUUUUCUCAGCUGGUUCUUAGGGUUCUAAUGGACUGUCUUUGUUUUUCGCAUGAUUCCAACAAUACUGAAUUUAUUUUAUGGAAGAUGAAGGAGUAUGGGGUUCAAGAAUCUUGGACUCAAGUAUUUAAGAUUAGUUACCAGAAUCUUGCAAUGCAACUUCCAAUUCGUCUUCUAGUGGAGCCUCCAAUGCUUAACAUUCGUUAUGGUCAUCGUUAUCAAUUGAUGUGCCUUUAUAUAAAUGCUGAUAUAGUAAUUUUUGCAAGUAAACAUUGCAAAAAGUCAUUUAUCUAUAAUUUAAAAGAUAAAACAGUUGUGAAAAUUAAAAGUAGAUAUACCAUACGGUGGUUCCAUGAUUCAAAGGAUUAUGUAGAAAGUUUGGUUUCGGUUCAUUGA